AUGCGGCGACGCUUCUUCUCUGUUCAUGCCGUUCUCCUCCUCGCGGCGGUAGCGCUCCCGCUCGCCGCCUCCCAGCCAUGGCCUGUCUGUGACAGCGGCAGCGGCACCUACGCAGCCGGGAGCACCUACGCAACCAACCUCGAGAACCUCGCGCUCACCCUCCGCGCGAACGCCUCCUCGUCGGCGACGGCGCCCACCCUCUUCGCCUCUGGCAGCCUCGGCUCCGCCCCGGACACCGUGUAUGGCCUCCUCCUGUGCCGCGGCGACCUUAGCUCCUCCGACUGCGCCGACUGCGGCACCAACGUCUGGAGGGACGCCGGUCCGACCUGCAACCGCACCAAGGGCGCCAUCCUCGUCUACAACCAAUGCUACGCCCAGUUCUCCGACAAGGGCGACUUCCUCGCCUCCACCAACAACUCCGGUAAGUACAGCCUCCUCGUGAGCGGCACCAACAUCAGCAGCACCGACGUCGCCGGCUACGACCGCGCGGUCACCGAGCUCCUCAACGCCACCGUGCGGUACGCGGCGGAGAGCUCGCCGAGGCUGUUCGCCACGGGCCAGCGGGUGGGGACCGACCCGGGAUUCCGCAACAUAUACUCGAUGGCGCAGUGCUCGCGGGACCUGACGGCAGCGCAGUGCCGGACAUGCCUCGACGACCUCGUCGGCCGGUGGUGGCAGACCUUCCCGCUGAACGGGGAGGGCGCGAGGUUCGCUGGCCCGCGCUGCUACCUGAGGUCUGAGCUAGGCUCCUUCUACACCGGCGACCCCAUGGUGCGGUUGCCGGCCAAGGUCGACGGCCUCACGCCGGCGCCGGCGCCAGAUGUCGUGCCUGCCACUCCGGGAGGCAAGAAGAACUCAGGAAGCAAAAUUUUGGUAAUUAUCUUGCCGACAGUGGCAGUGGCCAUUAUAGCUGUAACUUCCCUUUGUAUCUGGAACGUGCGUAAGAAGAGCAGAUUGACAAGAGCAGAGCUUUUAUCCGGACUGGAUACAAGUGAGGACUUUGAAAGUGUCAAGUCAACCCUGUUAUCGUUGGCAUCUCUGCAAGUGGCUACCGAUAACUUCCACGAAAGCAAGAAGCUUGGCGAGGGGGGAUUCGGCGCCGUUUAUAGGGGAAUUCUUUCUGGACAAGAAGUGGCUGUGAAGAGGAUGACCAAGGGUUCCAACCAGGGCCUAGAAGAGCUGAAAAACGAGUUAGUUCUUGUCGCCAAACUUCAUCACAGGAAUCUUGUUCGCCUUGUUGGUUUUUGCCUUGAAGAGGGGGAGAGACUACUUGUUUAUGAGUACAUGCCCAAUAAAAGCCUCGACAACUUUCUCUUUGACUCGGAGCAAAGGAAACGGCUAGAUUGGAUGACACGAUUUAGGAUCAUAGAAGGCGUCGCUCGGGGAUUGCAAUAUCUUCAUGAAGACUCCCAAAAGAAGAUAGUCCAUCGUGACAUGAAGGCGAGCAACAUCUUGCUGGAUGCAGACAUGAACCCUAAGAUUGGGGACUUUGGCCUUGCCAGGCUCUUCGCACAGGACCAGACUCGAGAAGUCACAAGCCGCAUAGCCGGGACAUUUGGUUACAUGGCUCCUGAGUAUGUCAUGCGUGGGCAGUACUCUACAAAAUCAGAUGUGUUCAGCUUCGGCAUUCUGGUAAUAGAGAUCGUCACGGGCCGGAGAAGGAACAGUGGACCAUAUCUCUCUGAGCAAAACGAUGAAGAUAUUUUGAGCAUAGUAUGGAGGCACUGGGAAGAGAGAACAACUGCAAAGAUGAUCGACCAUUCUUUGGGAAGAAACUACCCUGAGGCCGAGGUGCUGAAAUGUAUCAACAUUGGGCUCCUAUGUGUCCAGCAGAACCCUGUAGAUCGACCUACAAUGGCCGAUGUCAUGGUUCUGCUGAAUAGCGACACAACCUGCUCUUUGCUGGCUCCUGCACCUAGGCCAACAUAUUUAGUCGAUGGGAUCUCUGGUUACUCCCAAACCAUAACACAAUGGUCUGGCAGGUAGCAGGGGCCAAAGCAGAUCGGGCACCGUUGUUGCCGCUAUAUUGUUGAUUCUCGAUUUGUAAUCAGUACCAACCAAGUUGAAUUUAUAAAGAGCAAAUCUAUUCCA